GUGCAAGUUGACCUGAAGACUGCCUUAGGGCUGAAGCCGGAAGCCCGGCUUAAAUGGCUCAGCAAGGCUCUCAAGAUGGUCGAAGACAGACGGGCAAACUCCACUGAGCUUUACGACAUAGCCACAUGGAGCCAAACUUUCCGUGUGAUAGCCGGUGUUUUUGCAGCCUUUGCAGCCAAGGUAUCCAAUCGAAAGUUUUGUGCGACAAUGCCGACUAGAAACAGCCAAAAGCUUCGCGGAGUUAUUCUGGACAACAUCUCCAUUUUUUCGGAGAAGCAGCGUCGAUUUCUGCGGUCAGAUGAGUGGGCUCCCAACAAGCUAUUUGAAGCUGAGGAGGAUGACGUCGCCACCGGAGUGAAGAGUGUAGAAGAGGAUCCGAAGCCUAGCCCGGAUGCUAAGCCGGAAGAAGCGAAGGCAGAUGCAGACAAAGAUGCUCAAGGCGGCUGGACUUUCACCAUCCGUGAACGACCGAUGCCAGAUCACACCACUGGCAAGAAGAGGCGGAAAGGUGCCGAGGAUUCUGAGGCCCGCUUCGAGGCGAUGGCCGAAAAAAACGAGGCCUCGCAGAAGAAGCAGGAGGAAGAUGUUGAUAGUUCUCUUGCUCUGCUGGAGCGUCUCAACCAGCAAAAUCAAACUCCCCAUGUGGUGCGUGAGAGGACGAGGCGAGAGCGCACCCCCAAAAAGAAGCGCCACCUGAGCCGAUCAAGAUCUAUAUCGGCUGCUUCAGUCACAUCAAGUAGCCACCGCGGCAAGAAGGGACGCACAAAGAAGAGGAAAGGGCGCAGCAGAAGUCGGGAUCGAGCCGGAGCAGCAGGAGGAGGAGGAGGGGGAGGCGGAGGUGGGAUGAGCUUUGAGGAAGCUUUACGGCAAGCAAGCCAGCAAGCAAUGCCAAACGUGAAGAUAUGUGGACUACCGAAAUUGCCGAAAGAAGCCGCCAAGAGACUGGAGCUGCUCCGCCGGAGUGGUCGCCAGACGCUCGAGCGGGAGAUGUAUGAGGUUUACACAGACAUGCUGAAGAGGAACGAAGACAUCGGCAUGUCCGAGAUGGACCUGCAGGGGCCAACCAGCUUUCACACGAAGAUGGACACAAUCCGGCCUCAGGUGGAGCAGCAGUAUCACACCGCCAACAAGCGACUGGCAAUUGCCAAGCGCAUAGCUGGUUCAAGCAAGCAGCCGGAUGAACUCCUCAAGUCCAAGGAACUUCUCAAAUCCGAGUUGGAAGCGGUUGAGGAAGCUCAAUAUGCUGCCAGAGCGUACACCCUGAUGGUGCAGUUGUUUGCGAAGGUGAUUGACAGAGUUAGCAAUGCAGUUGCCGAGAGGGAGGCGCAGAAGAGUAUAAGGCCCGAGUUCGUCAGUUCCAUUGGCUGUCAGAGCGAAGAGGCGACCACCUUGCCACGACCUCCCAAACUGGGCAUUUAUGCACCUUUGGAUCGUGAUGCCGUGAUGCCUUUGGACAUGACCCCUGAAGAGAUGGAGAGCAUUCAGCACACAGAGCUCGCCUACAACGUCAUGCGCGAUCUGUGCCAGAAAGAUAGGCUUUGCAUCUACCAGGUGUUGCAGUUUGAGGACUGGAUGAAAGAGGAAAAGACCAGCCUGCAGAAAUGCCUCCCUAGCAGAGAGAGGAUAUUGCGGAUGGCAGCUUACAAUCGAAUCGUGCGGUCGUUCAGAUCGAGCCACUUCAAUGAGGAGUUGCAAGCUCACAAAAUCUGGAGAAUCACGAAUCUCGCAGAAUACUACGAUCCACCAGGGUCAGGCCAGGUGCCAGACUAUGAGGGCCAAUUCUCCAUGUUUGCAUUACCGGUUGGCUCCGAAGCCAGGGAGUCUGAACAGCCUGAUGCCCUAGAGAGUCGGGAUGUGGAUGAUUCUCAGAAGCCGGAUCAGCAAUCCGCAGCCAUGGGUGCUGGACACCACAGCGGUUCCGCUAUCCUUGCAGAGGGUGCUGACGUACUGGAUCAGGAAGCGGCUGCUCAAGACAGAGAGGCCGAAGGGGUUGGACUGCUGGAAGGAAUUUGCGUAGUCUGCAUCGAGAAAUCCGCCCUCUUCGUCAUGCAUGAAUGUGGGCAUUUAAUAUUUUGCCCGGGCUGCCGGCGCAAGGCAGUCGCCAAAGCCUUGAAAGAAUCCGGCAAGAGUCAAUGGAAAUCAGUGAAGCCAGGACAGUUGUCGAACAAGGAGUUGGAGCGGACAAAGGUGCGGUGCCCUAUUUGUCGUGAGGAGAGUGUGGCCGUCGCACAGAAAAAGUUCAGCGGCAAAGUGUACACUUGA